AUGUUUGUGGCUGGCAGUGCAACAUCAUCAACAGUAUUAGGGUGGUCUAUGUCAGAACUGAUGAAGAAUCCAAGCAUGAUGAGAAAAGCACAAACUGAAGUUAGAGAAGCCUUCAAUAGAAAGGCAACAAUUGAUCAAACUGAUUUUAAAAAACUAAAAUACCUGAAAAUGGUUGUUAAACAAACUCUAAGAUUUCACCCUGCAGGACCCUUACCCUUAUCAAUUCCCAGAGAAUCCACACAACAAUGCGAGAUUAAUGUAUACACUAUACCCAAUAAAAUAAUAGGUAUUGUGAAUACGUGGGCACUUUGGAGGGAUUCUGAAUAUUGGGAAGAAUCUGAGAAAUUUGAGCCAGAGAGAUUCAAUGGAAGUCCACUUGAUGUAGGUGGAAAUCAUUUUCAAUUAAUACCAUUUGGAGCUGGUAGAAGAAUUUGUCCAAACAUGAACUUUAGUAUCGCAAAGAAUAAACGCAAGGUUGAACGCUGGUUGGUGAAGAGUAGGAGCAGCUACUGGGGGCAACCAAGUUCUGCCCCAGGCUCCAGCUGCAAGAGUGGCAAUUCCAGUUAA